UGUGCGCGCGCGCUUGAAUCCGGUUCACGUUUUGUACUGCGUCUGGAAGGCGGAACCGAACGCAUUUAGGGUGUUAAUGCUUCCAAAUCAGACUCCAGAGUCUAAAGGAGACCUGAUGCUAAUCCUACCUUGAAAAAAUGGUACUUUAGAAGGAAAGCAUUCACUGUGCCUUGGGCUGGAGUCCGUUUUCAACGCUGGCUGCGUUCCAGAGAUCCUGAACUGAGACGGCUGAGAGAGAGACAGAACUACCACUUAUGUACUUACUUGUUCUAUAUGCAUGCUGUGUUGCUCUGAAGUGAGUCUGUUAUGGAGGAGGAAGCUCUUUUGGAUUUGAGCCAUUUGACUGAAGCAGAACAAACCGUCAUUUUAAAUGUUUUGUUGAGGGAUAAUGAAUUACGCAACCAUGAUGAAGGCAGGAUCAGCAAACUCAAACAAGUGGAGUCAGACCCUGUUCGCCUUCACUUCCUCACAGGCACAUGGUUCAAUGAGUUACGAGUCAGACGCUAUCAGAGUAGAGCGAGCGAUGUUGUCCAAACUUCUAUACGCCGCAAAAGGAGGGACAAAGAUUUGCCUGUGAUGCCAGUUUUUGAAGAACAAAAUUCCACUCAGAGUCAGGAAGAAACCAUAAAAGUGAUCAUGGCAGACUUGGAAGAUGGAGAAAUAAUAGAAAAAGAAGCAAAGAUAGAGGAGGAGAAAAAAGAAAGUCCCAACUUUAGUGUGCUCCCCGAACCACGACCAAGGACCAAACUAAGCGCAAAGUUACAGGAAAAGAGAGAAGAUCUUUCAGAUGCUGUGUCGAGAGAUAUUACUGAAGGAAGUGUUGCAGAUUCAGAAGCUUUAGAGGACAGUUCAUUGCAGAACACAACCUCGUCACUACAGGCUGACUCUGAUGGUGAUAUUGAUUCUGGCAGCACCGAACUGGACUACACCACAUUUGGCUCAGUUAACAACUUGUACUCUAACAAUACGAUGAGUGGCAGCAUGAUGAGUCUAUACAGUGUUGGGGAUUUUGGAAGUGUUACUGUGACUGGCCAGAUCCAGUUCUCUAUGCACUAUGAUGUUAAGAAAGAGGAACUUCAUGUGCGAGUGUGUCGCUGUCAGGAUCUGGCUCUGGCACGUAACAACCGUUCUGACCCGUAUGUGAAAUUGUACCUCCUUCCAGAUAACACAUCUCACAGUAAAAGGAAAACUUCAGUAAAGAGGAAAAGCCUAAAUCCGGUAUACAAUGAAACACUUAAGUACAAAGUACGUAAAUCAGACCUGAUGGCUCGUGUCCUCAGCGUGUCAGUGUGGCAUAUGGAGCGUGUGAGGAGGAACCUGUUCUUGGGGGAAGUGGAGGUGCAGCUCAGUCAAUGUGACUGGAGCCAGAGUAAACCAACCUGGUACCCCCUUCAGAACAGGGUACCAAUGAAUCCUAAAGCUGUGCUCAUCAGGGGAACCAUAUUACUAACACUUAAAUUCAUACCUGCUGGCUCUGAAGAAGGAGGGUUCCCGCUCACUGGUGAGCUACAUAUUUGGCUGAAGGAGAUUGUUGGACUCCUUCCUCCAAAACGUGGCACUCCAAGUAUUUCGGUAAAAAGUGUGAUUUUGCCGGAUGUGAGUGGUGUUAGUGGCCAGCAGACACGGGUAGUCCGUGGCUCAGUCAGUCCUGUAUUCAAUCACACUAUGGUGUAUGAUGGUCUGCAGGCUGCUGACCUCACACAAGCCUGUGCUGAAAUUACUGUGUGGAACUCUUCCAGCUGUCUUGGUGGUGUCCACCUCAGCACAGGAUCAGGUGUAAGUUAUGGUCAGAUGGUUCACUGGAUGGACUCCACUGAAGAAGAAAUCAGUUUGUGGAAUACAGUAAUCCAGAGUCCCAACAACUGGGUGGACGUCACUCUGCCAAUCAGGACCAACCUACAGCUGAGCUGAGAGUAACACACAUGUAUAGCAAUUUCCUCUUCUGUUUUUUCACAGAGGAUUAUUUCUUUCUCUCUGUGACAUUCUGGAAGUAACCUAAAUUAUAUAAUAUAAUAUGUUGGUAUGUGCAUUCUUGGUUCUCUUGUGGAAAAAGAUGUAUUUUUCUAUUAACAAGCUUAAAAAAAGCAGUAUGUAAAUUUUCAGAAUUUAAAUGCUCUGGACUUCGUUGUUAACUUCUGUGUUAAAACUCCUUGCAUACUGGAUCAUCGUUUGCUCACAGACUUCAGUUGUGGUGUGAUAACUUAUGGCAAGUCCAUGUUGAAAUAUCCAUGGUUCAAAGACAAAUUAGCUCUUAAAGCAUUGAAUUACUCUAAAUCACAUAUCAUUUCACAAUUUGUUUUACUCCUACUUUGUGAAUUUUUUUUUAAUGUUAAAUGCUUGUAUAUAUAUAUAUAUAUAUAU